GACCCGGAGUGACAAAGCGAAAAACGAAUAACCAUGAGUAUUUAUAACGACGAUGAAUUGGUUGCACCUGCCUGGAUUAAUAAAGAAUUUUUAGAAAAAGUUUUAAGUAAAUAUGAAAAUAAUGAAAAUGUUGAGAUAAUCAAAUUCGACAUGAGUCCCGCCAGUGUCAAGGGUGAUCAUUAUGCCAGCAUUAUGUUCCGUUGCCGGGUGAAUUAUCGUUUUGCCCAAAAUGCCAGCCCCGUGAAGAGAUCGUUGAUCAUUAAAACAUUACCCAUGGAGGAGGGUAUGAAACGUGAAAUGCUAAUGGAAUCGAGAUUAUUUGAGACUGAAAUUGCCAUGUAUUCGGAAAUGUUACCGAAAAUUGAGAAAAUCUUGGCCGAUUGCGGCGAACCAACUAAGCUGUGUGCAGACCUCAUAUACCACAGCUUGGACCCCCACAAAGUGAUAGUCUUUGAAGAUCUUUGUGAGCUGGGCUAUAAUACCAUACGCAAUCGCUUCUUGACCGAUGAAGAAAUCAAGGCCGUCUUUCGUAAAGUGGCCCGUUUACAUGCCGUCUCCUAUAUGCUGGGACACAGUGAAGAAUCGGAAAUGGUUACCAAAUAUCAAGAUGGUUUCUUGAACAGCAGUAUGCCCAUGGUUGAGCAAAUGAUCAACGAUGGCAUUAAUCACUUCACCGAAAUGCUUUCGAAACAUCAAGACCUCGCCAUAUAUCAUGAGAAAAUCAUCGCCAUGAAAGGUGAACUAAGUCGCAAAUGUAAAAAUCUCUAUCGCUCCUAUGCACUCAAUCAGGGUGUGGGAGAUAUUUUUGUCAUAAUUCAUGGAGAUUUUCAUUUGAAAAAUAUGAUGUUCAAAUUUAGCAAAAAGAACAAAAUGGAAGAUUUGAUAAUGGUCGAUUUUCAGGGGAGCUGCUAUGCUCCGGCCAACAUUGAUAUGCUGUAUUCGCAGGUGAUGAUGAUGAGUUCGGAAAUGCGCAUGGAUCGCAAUGAGUAUAUGUUGUACUAUUUUGAAGAGUUCCUAAGGAUAUUAAAGAAAAUCCAAUACAAGGGGGAGUAUCCCUUGUAUUCGGAUUUCCAAAUGGCCAAUUUGAAAUAUCGGCAUUUUGUUAUAUUUUUAAUUGCCUCAUUUUUGCCAAUGAUAGCCAUUUUGGCCCUGACCCCAGCUGAAGAACAAAAUGAUAUUAAUCUGGCCAAAUUAUUAGAAGAUCCCAAUGCCAAGGGCCAGUUGUAUGAAGCGCCUGCUUUUGUCGAAGAAAUCCGAAAAAUUAUGCCAAUCUUGCUGAGGGAGGGUUAUCUUGAUUAGGUUUUGUUUUAAUUUAGAAAUAAAUUAUUAGAAAUUAGAUAAUGGAAAUAUAAAUAUAUAAUAAUUUAUUAUUUAUAAAUUAAAUUAU